AUGGACGCAGCCAAGAGAUGGAGGCUUCACUCUCUACUCCGCAUGCAACGGCCUUGCCAUCUCCAAGAUGUCUUCUUCAUUUUCAUAAGCAUCUGCUGCUGUGCUCCCACGUUUAAUUUCCACUGCCGCAGCCUGUCUCUUCAAGAAAGACCAGCACUCGCUUUCCCAUUUCCGAGCACAUCCGCCAAACCGUCAAACAAAUCUGUGCUAGUAUGGGGCAGCUCAAGCUCGGUCGGUGCAUCCGCCAUCCAACUCGCUGCUGGCGCAAGCGGGACAUUCAUCUCGAUUGCCUCAAUACAUAAUAUAGACAAGGUAAAGGAGCUUGGGGCGAAGCAUGUAUUUGAAUACAAGUCCUCUGCUGUAGCUGAUGACAUCAUCUCCGCACUGAGAGGGACGGAGUUCCUCGGUGUUUGCGACUGCGUCGGCACGCCCGACGCUGUACGAUACUGGGCUCUAGUUUAUCAGAAGCUUGGGGGUCGAUAUGCAUUUGUGAUGCCCGAGGUCACAGGUCUUCCUGAUGGAGUUCAAGGUACAUCUGUCUUUGCGCCAAAUAUGGCUCUGGCAGAUAAAGCUACACUCAUCGUUCUUUUGUUGGCAUAUAUUAGCGAAGCCGUCUGGGCGACAUACAUCCCCGAGGCUCUAGCCAAUGGCACAUUCAAGGCAAAGCCAGACCCAAUUUUAACUAUAGUCUGA